AUGCCGGCUCUGGGACACACAUUCCCCUUCUAUGCUGGCCCCAAGCCGAACUUCCCAAUGAAUACUGCCUUGGCCGUCAUCAUUACCGUUUUUCUGAUGGCACUGGUCACCUUCAUCAUUAUCCUUCCUGGCAUUCGGGGCAAAAUGAGGCUGUUCUGGCUGCUGCGGGUAGUGACCAGCUUGUUCAUCGGCUCUGUCAUCCUGGCUGUGAAUUUCAGUUCUGAGUGGUCUGUGGGCCAGGUCAGCACCAACACAUCAUACAAGGCCUUCAGUUCUGAGUGGAUCAGCGCCGACAUAGGGCUGCAGGUCGGGCUGAGAGGAGUCAACAUAACACUCACAGGAACUCCGGUGCAGCAGCUGAAUGAGACCAUUAAUUACAAUGAGGAGUUCACCUGGCGCCUGGGUGAAAACUAUGCUAAAGAGUUCACAAAUGCACUGGCAAAGGGGUUGCCCAACCCUGUGCUUUACCUAGCUGAGAAGUUCACCCCAAGCAGCCCAUGUGGCCUGCACCGCCAGUACCGUCUAGCAGGACACUACACAUCGGCCACACUGUGGGUGGCUUUUCUCUGCUGGCUGCUGACCAAUGUGAUGCUGUCCAUGUCGGUGCUGGUCUAUGGCGGCCACAUGCUGCUGGCCACAGGCAUCUUCCAGCUGUUGGCAUUGGUCUUCUUCUCCAUGGCCACUACUCUCAUCCCAUCCUGUCCGCUGCACCUGGGCCCUGUCACACUGAACACUUACCAUGGGCCUGCUUUCUGGAUCACACUGGCCACAGGACUGCUGUGCGUGCUGUUGGGCCUAGCCGUGACAGUGGCCCACCGGAUGCAGCCCCACAGGCUGAAAGCCUUCUUCAACCAGAGCGCAGAGGAGGAGCCCAUGCUGGAGUGGAGCCCUGAGGAAGGGGAACUCCUGAGCCCACGCUACCGAUUGAUGGCUGAGAGUCCUAAGACUCAGCACGUCCCUCUGUCAGAGGCAUCCUCUGAGACCUGCUAUGCAGAGGAGCAUCUCAAGGAUCCUGACUGCACGCUCUAA